CAAAACCUCUUUACGUAACUUAAAGAUGGCAGCUUCCUAUGUUGGUGUGGGACGGUAUUGUAUGCGGCUUGUAGCUUCUAGCAAGGUUUGCAAAUGGCAGUUUCUGGCACUGCAGCCUAGCUGUAGAUUUCACAUGUACGGCAGGGGUUUUCAGAAGAAGCUGACAGAGGGGCUCAAAGUUGGCAACACUGCGCUGAGCCUCGCGUUUGUGUUCGGUGGAGCCCUGGGACUGUACCAGACGAUCAAGCACAAUGUUCGGCAGCAUCACGCCGAACAACAGUUCACAAAGGAUUCCAGUACUGGUCUGUCUCUGACUCUGUAUCAGUAUAAGACUUGCCCAUUCUGUAGUAAAGUCCGUGCAUUUCUUGAUUUCCAUUCAUUGCCUUAUGAAAUUGUUGAGGUAAACCCAGUCUUACGGAAAGAGAUAAAAUUUUCCAGCUACCGAAAGGUUCCAAUUUUGAUUGGAGAGAAUGGAGAGAAAGUGCAAAUCAACGAUUCUUCAGUUAUCAUCAGUGCUAUAAAGACAUAUUUAGUGUCCAGGGACAAAAACUUAAAUAAGGUGGUAUCAUACUACCCAGAGAUGAAAUCAAAAGAUGUAAAGGGAAAGGAAAUCACUGAAUAUAACAACAAGUACUGGGUGAUGCUGGAGGAUCAGGAUGAAAAGCAAUACUAUCCCAAUAAGGAGGCAAGGAAGGAAGAAAUGAAAUGGCGCAAGUGGGUGGAUGACUGGCUGGUUCACCUCAUUUCGCCCAAUGUCUACCGGACUCCUAGAGAAGCCCUAGAGUCUUUUGAUUAUAUUGUGCGGGAGGGGAAAUUUGGUGUGUUUGAAGGAUUUUUUGCCAAGUAUGUUGGAGCAGCUGCCAUGUUCUUUGUCAGCAAGAGUCUUAAGUCAAGACACAAUCUUCACGAUGAUGUGCGGCAGGACCUGUACAAAGCAGUCAAUGAAUGGAUUGCUGCUGUGGGCAACCACAGGCCAUUUAUGGGUGGAAAUGUGCCCAACCUUGCUGACUUGGCUGUCUAUGGAGUUCUCCGGGUAAUGGAAGGUCUGGAGGCAUUCAGUGACAUGAUGGCAAACACCAAGAUCAAGACAUGGUAUCAAAGAAUGGAAGAAAAUAUCCAGAAAGGACAGGAAUUGAGCAAUAAAUUGCAUUAAAUGUUAUGAUGGUUUUGAAUGGACCACAGGAUAAAUCUGGAGAAAAGAAUGAGUUUUGUUUAAAAGCUGAAUCACAAAACACUCAUCCUUUGUUAAAAGUAAGUGUGAAUUAGAGCAAUGCUAUAUCUGUAUCUUAACUCUGGUCUGAAGCAAAUAUCGGGGCAAGCCUGAACCUAAAAUAAAACUGGCAAAUGUAGUCAUGCGCUGUUUUGCUCCAAACUCUGUUCAGGUAUUACUGUGCUUAUUCUGCUUACAGAUGAUUGUAGGGGAAAACUGUUGUGUUCUCAUUUCGAGUGAAAGAGCAUCUAUAAAGAUGUUCAUUUAAAAAAGAAUGGGCCAAUGAGAACAAUAAAAUAUAGCUUUAAAAAUCAUGGCAUUUAUAAAUUAAGCAGUCUGAUGAUUGUGAGCAUUGAAAUGAAAAACAAAAAUAAAAUGGACUACUGAAUUGCACUGAUAGUACACAGCAAAUCCAAUGUGCGAUAGAGAAUAUAGACUAAUAAACGUUUCUGUUGUGAUACUUGAGAACUGGUAAAAGUAAUCACUUUUUAAAAAUAAGUACAAGGAACAGAAGAGAAAUCAGAACCAAAAAACAGAUAUUAAAUUAUUGAUAAGACUAUUAUAUACAUAUAUGUUGCUCUUUCCUUGGUCUUUUAUUUGAGUGCUAUUUAUUUUCUUUCUGUGUAGCGGUUAGCGUGAUACUAUUCAGGUCAGGGUUUUCUGGAGUUCGGAGAUCAAUUCUGGCACUGUCUGUAAUGAGUUUGUACCUUCUGCCCGUGACGACAUGGGUUUCAUCUGGCUGCCCCGGUUUCCUCCCACAGUCUAAAGAUGUACCAGUUAGUAGGUUGAUUGGUCAUUGUAAAUUGUUUUGUGAUUAGGCUAGUGUUAAAUAGGUUGGUAGGGGUUGCUGGGUUGCUGCUCAUUGGGCUGGAAGGGCCUAUUCCACACUGUAUCAGUAAAUAACAAUUCACUACCUGAGUGUAGAAGAGUAUUCCUCAAGGUCCUAUCCAGUACUUACUCCUGCAAUAAUAUAACCAGAUUAUCUGAUCACCAUCUUGUGGAAUUGUUCAUUUUGCAAUUGGCUGCCAUGUUUUUUAACAUUACGACAAUUGCUGACCUCAAACUGUUUUCUUGGCUCUAAAACAAUUUGGUAUGACCCAAGAUUAUAAAAGGUGCUGUAUAAAUGUAAAUUCUCUCUCUCUCUCCUUUUUACAUAGCAACAAUUUCCUUUAAUGCUACAGAACAUACAAUUACCCUAAUGCAUGAUCUCCCAUUUAGAUGUACCUUGAUUUAUGGUUUCCAUCCUUUUAGUUAAUUGGAAAAAAAGCUUAAUGCUGAUCCUUUGUAGAUUGACUGCAGCUUAGCAGUCCUGGAAUCACAGUAAUCUGUAUAUUUCCUUGGAAGUGUAAUUUGUCCAUUACAUAGUUUGUCAUAUCUAACCUCUCCUGUGUUUUUCUCCCCCCCCCGUUCCUAUUUCUCCUGAUGUUUAACCACUUUCAGUUGUAUUUUGUUGGUUCAGCAAAACUCAGGUUUCUCUAAAGGCAGUUUAUUUUAUGAGAUCAUAUCAAAAUCUUAUUAUAUACUUGAUGUAUCUUUUGAUGGUUUUGAUUUUCCUAGACUGGUUGAGAUGGAGUCUCUUCAAACAUAAUUGGGAACUUGAGAUUAAGGGGAAUUGUUUGCUGCAUUUGUAGAUGGAUGACACAGUAUUUAAUAAAAGAAUGCUUUUUACUAAUGAUUGUAAUGAUUUUAAAUGUAAUUGUAAUAUUGUUGGAUUGCAGAAGGCAAUAAUUCAGAGUUAUGGAUUCAACAUUAUAAGUGGGAACAGGGGUAUGGGAUAGUAUGGGAACAGUGUAUCUCCAGUAUGGGAAUUGUAUAUUACUAGUAUGGGCUACAGUAUUCCAGGAUUUAGACCAAGCAACAAUGAAGGAACAGCAAUAUAUUUCCAGAUCAGGAUGAUCAUGGAUUUGUUCUGCUUUUUAUGAACUGUACAUUUUUGGGGCACUUUCAUAUCAACAUUAGUGUUCAUCCCUCAAUAAACCAAAUGAGAUUUAUAAUCCUUUUUUAUAGUGCCUAACUAAUACACCAUUUCUAACUUCCCUUUUGUGCAGACUUUGCCUUUGUUCUUGUGGUUAAAUUACUCUCACAAUACUGUAGAGUAGGAGUUUGACAGACUUUGACUUUGAGGCAGUUGUGACCCGUACAAGCUGAGAGGUGGCUGGCC